UACUUCCUGGGGCUGGCGGAUGGUGUGGGCAACCUCCCCGCGUCGGACAUGUUUCCCUUUGCUUAGCGAUGUAGCUUCGCCUGCCCAGGGCAGGUGAUGGAAGAGGAGACCGGGCAUCCGGAUCAGAGAGGGGGGGAAAAAACCAACCACCUCCCAGUCAUCCCUGGCCCUUGCGCCCCGCUUCCCUGGCAGCGUGUGGCAAUCCUAGCGCCAGCCUGAACGCCAGGGAAACCCCGGACACCCCCUUUGCCCCGCAAUUGCAUGAGUGGUUUCCCCAGUCCCCCCCCCCAUCAUCCCUGGAUCUGAGCCCCGGGACGGGAAAAGACCCCCCUGGUUUUUCACUGCCCGGGAAGGCGCAGGUCCAAGCCCCCCCAAAGGCAGCGGAGGCCGGGCACUGCGCUGCAGCGAUGCGGAGCGGCGCGGAAGGGCUGCCCGGUGGGCGGCUGCCCAAGUGAGGGUCCGGGAGCGGGUGGGUGGCAGCGAGAAGACGCCCCCUGCCAUGGGAGAGCCGCGGGACCGUGGCACCGCACCGGCUGGCACAGCUUUUCACCAAAUGCCAGUGGAUUCAAGUUCCCUUUACCAGACAGCAGUUUCAGUGCUGCAUAACUCAUAUCUGGAUUCCACAUCUCGGAAUGGCUUUCAGUACAGUCGAGUGACUUUGGUGAAUAAUGAUGUCUUUUUAAAGGAGUACAAAACUUUUAGCCAAGAAAAGGAAGCGAGUGGCUAUACCAAGGAGGAACUUGACGAGACCUAUGCAUUUCUUCUGUUUGAUAGUGAAAGAGAGGCAAAAGCGGUGUGUCAGAGUGGACUUCGUAUAAACACCAGAUCCCUUACCACGCUAGGUGAUCCAGCGAAAGGGGCUUAUGUUUCCAAGUACUCAGACUGCCUUCAUCCAAGGCCCUGGUAUCAUGGAAAAUCUGGCUGUAUUGUAAUUUUUAAACUAAUUAAGGGAAAGGUCAAGUUCAUGCCAGAGAAUUACACGGCGAAUUACACCAAUCCGACUCCUGGCUAUGACUGCCACAUCUCUGUGAAUAUAAACAAUAUUUCCUUGGAGACUAGUCAUUUUCGGGCCUUCGAAUUGAGUCAGUAUUACGUAUAUGAAUUUUCCAGUGACAGUGUUGUUGAACGCCCGAGACAGAUCUGUCCCUAUGUAAUAAUAGCCUUUCAGUACACGGAACCUAAAAUAAUGUCAACAUUAAAUCAUAAAAGAAUAAUUGAGCUUGAAAAUAAAGUAUAUUAUUGCCCAUGGAGAGGGCAGCUUUCUAUCCAGGGGCACCUAUUGUGUGAUAUAGCCCUCAGGUCCCCGUAUAGUGCUGUGAUUCCAGCACAACUGCCAGCCAAACUGGAAAUGAAAUAUAUCAUAGGCGUGUCUGAUUUGAAAAAAAAGCUACCGGAAGCUGCAUUUGGAAAAAGUAAUUACACAAAAAACGAAGUCUGUUAUCAAGAUAUUUACUUCAGUUUGUAUGAAGUGGAAAUUUCAAAUAAAGACCAACAUAAAAUGGAUCCAUUAUUAGAAAACCUAAAGGAAAAGGAGUUGGCAAUCAUCAAAUAUUUACAAGAUCAAGGGUUUCUUAUUUUACUUUCAUCCUCUGCGUUAACAGGGGACAAAGAUUUUGACCUAGACGAGCCCAUCAGUCUCCAAGCGUUGUUUUUAUUCACUUCAUCUAGAUCAGUAUGUUUGACAGUAAAAAAUCAAGAAUUGAACUGUGAAAACGAACUCAGCGAGAUCUCUUUAAAAGUAACCUCUAUUUUGCCUGGCCUUCGCUAUGCCAUACAGGAAGCUACAACAUGUCCACCUGAGGCAGGAAUCCAUUCCAGCAUUUUGGUUAAGCGGUUCUUCCAGAAAUUUGCAAAACUCGAUAAAAAUUCACUUGCAGCUUCUGGCAAAAAUGACAAUUUGCCCCUUUCUUGUGAUCCAAAUAAGUCUGAAAGUGUUUCUCCUUCUGAAAAAUGCCAAAAACAGUCAUUUUCCCAACUGCAGUCUUACAUUUCUGACCCCAGCAGCUAUUCUUUGGAAAUGUCCGUGGCCUUAGACUGUUUGGCGGGCAAUCCUCAGUCCCUGUGCAGCAUUUCUGACAGAACCUGUGAGGCUGACUUUUCUUUCGUUUUGCCACCGGACUCGGUGCUUCCUGACAUAGCAGCAGAGAUAAGAGUUGAAACUGAAAAACCUAAGAAUACUCCAGAAUUGAACCAGUUCCAGGAAGAUACCAAGAUAGAAAUGAACCCAGCAGGUAAUCUGAAGAUGCAGCAGAAUAAGAGGAAAUCCAGCAGAGCCAUUGUGUCUAGCACAAAGAAGAAAUGGGCCCCUUUGAAAAUUCUUUCUGUGGUGGACAGCAACAGAAAAGGGACCAAAAAGAAAAAGAUGAAUGUUUCUUUUCCUUUCCCCAAAAAACAAGGACUCACAACAAAUUCUAAUGAACCCACACUUAAAUUAGCAAAUUUGCAGUUUCCACAUAAAAGGAAAAGAGGUGCUGAGGUACUAUCUGCAGAAUUUGUACACAGAACACAAUCUGAGCCUAUAACUAAAGGAACGUCUUCGCCUGAAGAUAUUAGUUUGGAUACCAAGAAACCAAGGAAACUGAAGCAACCAGAUGAAAAAAAUGUUCAAACUUCUGAGAAAGUCGCAAAGCAAACAAAAAGUAAGACAAUAAAAACCGUACCUAAAGGGAGCUGUAAGCCUAAAGCCAUAAAGCAAUUGGAACCUGUAAGGAAAGAGACUUUGUCACUGUCAUCAAAUGAAAUUCCAUCAGAAAGUCAAGGGACAGUCAGUGGUGCAAAUGAGACUUACACACAAAGUGUUUCUGCUCAAGAUGUCAGCCUGACUCUGAAAGGAAGUAACUGUGAAUCACAUGGAUUGAAUUUGUUGGCUGAUCUAGCUCUGAGCUCUUGCAUUCCUCCACUUGAUCAUAAAGAGAGUAGAGUUGCCUCUCCUUCUGACCUGUCAAAAGAGCGACGCUCUCUUCGGAAAAGGAAGCCUUCGCGAAUUGCUUCAGAUCAUGAAUACCACAGGGUGGAUAAACAUCUAAAGGGAGGAUCCUCUUCUAGCAAAACAGAGAAUCAGAAACUUCCUUCUCCUGCAAAAUCUGAUUUAAGAAAAGACUCAGCUGCUAUCCCAAGAGAGAAAAGCCCUGUAAUUUCCAGCAAGAAGAACAGCACAAGCCCUAACUCUGCAAAAGCCCGGCCAUUGCUUUCCAAGGAGGUGCUAGAUACUUUAGAUGUGAACAAGCAUUCUUCUAUUGUCUCUGAGCACUCUUACGCCUCACAGACGUCAGAACAUUCUAAAAAACACACCCUCCCAAAAGGAGCACAGGGUCCUGCUGCCUUCAGAAAUGGAGCUAAAAGUGCUAACUCGGGUCCUCUAGUUGGGAAAGUUCUGCCUUUCCGGCAUCAGCAGAACAAUACUCAUAUGCAGAAGCCAUUUGACGACUUGGUAGUAAAACGCAGAAGAGGUGUCCUUUCUUCCAGGUUGAAGGAAGACUUCUCCAAGUCUCACACAGUGAAGAGCUGUGAUGGAGCUGUUACGGUGACAUGUCAAUGGGAAGCUGACUACCUCUUCAAUUUAGACAGCAAAUACACCAACAAUUCUUUAGAGAAAACUGUAAUUCGUGCUCUGCAUGGGCCUUGGGACCCUGAUAUACCCGAUGAUGUGGAAGAAAUGAAGCUUAUACUUCACAUGUGGGUGGCUCUGUUUUAUAGCAAACCAAACAAAUUCCUAAGCAGUACGAGAAAGGUGGUAGAACACAGUAACCCUGAAAAAUAUGUAUCAAUAAACAGUAGCCUGGAUGCUUUUGAAUUAAGUGAUGAUUGUGAAGGAGCUUUUGAUCUAGAAAAGUGCCCUGCAGACUCUCAGUCUGAGGCCAAUCAGACUUCCAGCACUACUCUGCAUCCUUUUGAAUUGAGCGAUGACUGUGAAGGAGCUUUCGGCUUGGAAACAUGUCCUGCAGAUUCUCCGUCUGAGGUCAAUCAGGUUUCCAGCAGUAUCCCCAGCACAGUAUCGUAUUCCUCUGAGCAACUGCUUUCUUGUGACGAACCGUCAUCCACGAGUUGCAUCAAGAGCUUUUCAAACGACGACUGCCGUGAUCCGAGCAGCCCGCCUUUGAAGGAUGGGCCACAAGAGGUGAUUAUCGAUGGAUGCGUAGAUCUCGUCCAGGCAUUCAAUAAGGUUGAUGAAGAGAAGAGCAAAAGAGAGGAAUUGCUGGACCCUGUAAUUUCCGUCAGUAGCUCUACCUGCAGCCCUUCUGGUAAACCCAGUGAUACAAGGAUAAGACCUGAAGAAUUUUCCACUGAUGACCCCGAUGAAGCACACCAAGCCCUUGAUUUAAGUAAAGUUUCACAGAGUGACUCUGCGUUUUCACAGACUGAAUUUCCAGAGAAGCAGGGAGAUGAACAGCCAGCGAUUAUUAGUGAUGAUACUGUCAUUUCCGAGGAAAGAAAGACACUGGACAACAUCACUCUCUCUGCAGAGGAUAAAGACCAUUGCCAGGGUGGUGGUGAUGAAUCACAACGUCUCUGUGAAGCAGUUCAAUUAGAAGGGACUAUGAAGAGCACAGAACAUGAUAGCCCAUGUGGAAAAGGGAGAGAAGCGUAUGAUCCAUUAGAAAACCCGGGAGAGGAGGAGGAGGAAGAUUUUGACUAUGAAAGUAUAAAUGUAGAACCAAUUGAUUUAGCACUUUCUGAAAGUAAUGAUGCAGAUCUGGAACAUGAAGAUAUGGACCAGGAUCCAAUCAAUUUAGUACUUCCUAAGGAAAUUUGCAUACCUGACGAGAGCAAAGCGAUCAGUCCAGUUGACUUGGAAGAACCCUUUGAUAGUGUAUUAACUCUGUCAUUAUCACCUGGUGCAAGUCCUGUCCAGGACGUACCUUCUGAUGAAAUAACACAAUCUGCAGAUACACUUCCAGAGAACCAAGAAGUCACUGUCCAACCAGCUGAAGAAAUUAAUGAUGCAGCUAUGGACCAGGAUCCAAUCAAUUUAGUACUUCCUAAGGAAAUUUACAUACCUGAUGAGAGCAAAGCGAUCAGUCCAGUUGACUUGGAAGAACCCUUUGAUAGUGUAUUAACUCUGUCAUUAUCACCUGGUGCAAGUCCUGUCCAGGACGUACCUUCUGAUGAAAUAACACAAUCUGCAGAUACGCUUCCAGAGAACCAAGAAGUCACUGUCCAACCAGCUGAAGAAAUUAAUGAUGCAGCUAUGGACCAGGAUCCAAUCAAUUUAGUACUUCCUAAGGAAAUUUGCAUACCUGACGAGAGCAAAGUGAAAAGUCCAGUUGACUUGGAAGAACCCUUUGAUAGUGUAUUAACUCUGACAUUAUCACCUGGUGCAAGUCCUGUCCAGGACGUACCUUCUGAUGAAAUAACACAAUCUGCAGAUACGCUUCCAGAGAACCAAGAAGUCACUGUCCAACCAGCUGAAGAAAUUAAUGAUGCAGCUAUGGACCAGGAUCCAAUCAAUUUAGUACUUCCUAAGGAAAUUUGCAUACCUGACGAGAGCAAAGUGAAAAGUCCAGUUGACUUGGAAGAACCCUUUGAUAGUGUAUUAACUCUGACAUUAUCACCUGGUGCAAGUCCUGUCCAGGACGUACCUUCUGAUGAAAUAACACAAUCUGCAGAUGCACUUCCAGAGAACCAUGAAGUCACUGUCCAACCAGCUGAAGAAAUUAAGUCAUCAGCACAGAGUGAUUCAGUAGAGGACAGCUGCAUUUCUCAGGAAGACAGAGGAACUGAUUCUGCUGAUUGCACUUCUCUGAGUAUUAAAGAAUCAAAUCAAGUACAAAGCAAUACAGCAACUCAAGGAGAGCAAAAGAGCCCUUCUACUGACACAACAGAGCUGCUGAACAAAUCUUCAGGAGCAAGUGAAAGCUCAUGCCUAGUCUUUGAAAAUACACAUUUGGAAGCUGACUCUGAAGCUGAGAAAAGCUGUGACAAAUUUAAGAAUACUGGAGUCUGUUCUGUUACUAAAAAGUCACCAUGUAAUGAUGAAUUAAACCAGAUAACUAUGCUUAUUACACAUGGAGAACAUGAGGCCUCUCUUUGCAAAUUGGUAGAAUCAGCUUGUAUCAUAUCAGCGGAUAAUGAAAAAUCUUUUGUUAAAGAACAUUUGGACUUGAAACACAUUCAUUUGGCAAAUCAUCAGCAUACGCACAGUCUUAUUUUGAGUGAGGAAGAGACAAGUCCAACUGACAAGCCCACUCGUACUGACCCAGAAUGGAUGACUGGCUCUCCUUUCCAGCAGCACAGCAGUCCUAUUAGCAGAGAGACUGAACUGCACAAAAGUAUAUUAGAGCCAAGUGACCAUGAUCCAGUGCUCUGCAAAAAUAUGAAUUCUGACCACACUGAUCAAAGAGAUGUGACGGAAAUGUGCUCCAUCUCUGAGAGUCAAACACCCUUGUCUGCUGGGGAUGACUCCUCAAGUUCUUGUUACGCCGAACGACCAAAGAAAGACACAUUUCUAGAACACGAAACCUCUGUAGUUAAAAGAGCAGACUUACUGGGGAGUAAGGAAGAGAUGUCUCCAACUGACGAGCCCACUUGUACUAACCCAAAAUUGUUGACUGCUGUUGCUUUUCAGCCACAUAGUAUCCCCAUCAGCAGAGAGACAGAUGUGCACACUAGUUUAUUAAAGCAAAGUGAGAAGAAUCCAGUAUUUUCCAAAAGUAUGAAUUCUGACCACACUGAUAAAAUAGCUGUGAUGGAGAUAGCUUCUUCUGCUGUGGAAGACUUCUCAGGUUCCUGUUACACAGAACGGGCAAAGAAAGACAUGUUUUUAGAACAUGAAAUCCCUGUCGGCAAAGUAGCAGACUUAGUAGAGAAUGAUGACAAAGAAGAACCCACCUCAUGUGAGGAAUUUGAUCUACGAAGCACUAGUCCUGCUGCGAGCCCUGCAUCUAUCUUAGAAGAGGAGGAGGAACAGUUCGCAGAAGCAUGUGACCAGAGUUCUGUUUGUGAAAUAACAGAACUGCAGAGUGAUUGUACGAUAGAAGAAUCUAAUCUGUUUGCUGAUUUACAUCAGACCGACUCCGAUGUCACUAGGGAAGAAAUCCCUGGUUCCUCUGUUCAAAUGCCUACAACAUUAUGUGCACACCCAGACUCUAGAGAGACUCUGGAGCCUAGUGAUACUGAGAAUAUUUUGGAGGAACAUCUGGCCCACCAAGGUACAGAAUUCCCUAACAGAGAGAGAGGUGUGCAUUUGACUUUUGAAAGUUUAUCAUAUGAAUCUUUUUCUGGAGACUCUGACCAGGAAUACUUUGGAGGUACGGUCCAUCCCACAGCUAAAUGUAGGGGCUCUUGUGGUACAAGAGCCAUUGGUGCGAUCCGUGCAACAGCAGUUACAAGGACUAAUUACAAUUAUUCACGUAUAAGCUCAGAGAAUGAAAACUGGAAGAGGGAUGGCUGGGACUCCUUGGAAGCAGACAAAAGAUUUUCAGUUGUGGAGUCAGGCUGGCCCAUUGGGUUUAGGGAAGACGAUAGGUAUGUGCCCCCGUUUGUCAAUAUUAAAGAUGAUCAGGGCACCCUGAGGGAUUACACCAACUUUAUUGUUACCAAAAAACACAAAGACAAAACUAGACCUUUACAGUCUUCAAAGAGACAUGACCAUUCUUUGGAACGAUCGGACUUAAUAAGCUCAUUGAUUAGGACCUGGAAGGUUAUUGAUGAUCUUACCCAGAACACUUUAGAUAUGGAAUGUCUGCGUUUCAGUUAUAAGCUAAAACAAGUCAUAAAGAGCCAGAAAUCACAACUUUCUACCUCCAACAGUAUGUUUCCAAAAGAGUUUUCUGCCCAAGUAAUGCCUGAGACUUUGCCCCUGAGAGAGGCUCCUGAAGCCCCUAGUCUAAAUGCACCACCCAGGAGUAGGAGUCCCCUUCUGGUAACUGUUGUGCGUUCAGAUACAAGGCAGCGUAGUUCAAGUUGGCACCUGAGAAACGAUAUAUACACAGAUUUUGCCGCACCACCUCUCUUUGUGCCAUGGCAGGAUAAAUUUAGCAAUGAAAGAAAUGCUGCAAAAGUCAAAAGCCAGGGCCGUGACUAUGGUAUUCCUUUACAUCUCAGCAAGUUAAAAUAUGAUGAUAAACUAAAAGAAUCCCGGGGGGAUAUUUCAGUCAUUUUAAAUGAAUAUGCUGAGUUCAACAGGGUGAUGUUGAACAAUGUACAUGUGGGUAACAAAGGAAGAGGUCAGAGCACUACCUCAGAAGAGACUGCAGGCAAAAGGAAAAAAUGCACAAAUUUCCCCAAAAGAACAGCCUCCUAUGAGAACAUGAUUAGUGACUUAUGCAACACUCUACACUACAGACUGAAAAGUGUUGUUAAAGAGGCUUGCAAAAAUGCUUGUAUGUUCUACCUGGUUGAAACAGAAGAUGAUCCUUUCUUUGUGAGAAUGAAGAGCUUAUUGAAGAAAAGUGGCCACACUGAAAUUGAACCUUUGAAUUUCUGUAAAACACAACACCUGGAGACAAACGGACUGAUGGUCAUUAUUAGAAAUGAGGACAUAUCUUUGCAUAUUCAUAAAAUCCCAUCCUUGCUGAGAUUAAAGCACUGCCCAAACGUAACCUUUGUUGGAGUGGACAGCCCAGAGGACGUAACUGAUCACACUUAUCAGGAGCUGUUUCACAUGGGGGGGUUUGUGGUGUCUGAUGAUGAAGUGUUAGAAACUGUAACUUUAGGUCAGCUGAAGGAAAUAGUUAAAACACUGGAAAAGCUGAACAGUCAUGGAAAGUGGAAGUGGCUGCUUCACUACAAAGAAAGUAAAAAACUAAAAGAAGACAUAAGGGUGGAUUCGACUGCGCACAAAAAGAACUGGCUACUGAAAUCGUGCCAGGAAGCUAAUACCAUUGAAGUUCUUCACUACCAUCAGUGUGACUCCAAAUCGUGCACAAAAUCCGAGCAUCUGAAGUGCUUGUUGAACCUGCAGGUUCAGCAGAUCAGUGCUAGGUUUGCUGUGUAUCUCACAGAUAAGCCCAGUGUCAGCAGAGAAGUCUUCGAAAGCAAAGGGAUCCUAGUCACGGAUGUAAAUAACUUCACUGGAACGGUGCAGAACGUGGUUGCCCCAUUUCAAAGUAGCUAUUGGUGAUGAAAUUCAAGGACAGCACCGGUGGUUCCAGUGACAAAGAAUGAAGCUUCUGUGAAAAUAGUUUAGAUAAAGGUAACUUGCUGGGGUUCUGCUGUUACAGACUAAAGCUCUCGGCACCGAAGGCAGAGGUAGUAGUUUUCCCUUUUUUAGUAGGAUGUUAAUUAUUUGAGGGUAGCCAAUGAGUAUUAGUAGAGGAGCAGAUGCACCCCACUCCAGCUGCAUAGGAAGAGAGCUAUUUUAAUGUAUACAGUAUUUUAAAUUAUUUGUUUUCUGAAGUUAGUACAGCUGCAUAUGGAAACAGUAGGGGGAAGAACAGUUUACUUGAAGCUUAGAGAUGUUAGUCCAUUUUAGCAAGUGCUUUUUAUAAAUGCGUGUUUAUGUACAUAAGAUACACAACAUGCAUGUGGUAUAUGAGCAGCAGGAUUUUUGUACAUUUUCAGUGUGUUCAAGAUUACUUCUCCAGAUCACUACGUCUGCGACUGGUCAAUCAACACUACAUUAAGUUCUCACUGGUUUUCUAAUGGUACCAUUUGACUUGUGGGACUUCUGUUUUCCACUAGAUGGAACUCUUGUAAAUAGCAGAAUGUCAGGAUUCUGGAACAAAAAGCAUAUUUAUGGUAUUCUAAAAACUAAUAGAUUUUAAAAGGAAACUUCAACACUCAAACAACAUUUGUAAGAUACCUAAGGUAUCUACUGGGAGGAAGUGUUUUGUAACUAAUCAUUUUUUAAAAUAAAGCAGACGAAAAAUAAAGCUGUCAUGUACAGGAUGACUUUGUAUGAUGUUUGACUAAUAAAACAAGACAAUUCAAAGUCU